UAGGUGGUUGUCUUAAUUAUUGAAACACAGUGCAAAAAUGAUACUGAAGCUCUAAUACACAUAGCAUACAAUAAAUUAAUUACAAGGAGGAUGAUUGCUAAAAGGGAAAUUAAGUGUAAACUGGAUGAAUACAAUUUAGGUGAUCAGUGUUGCAAGAAAUGUGAACGUGGUUUUGUUAAAAAUAUCACCUGUCCAACAAAUACUAACAAACAUUGUGUUGCUUGUGAAAAUGGAAAGGAGUACAUAGAUCAUGUCAAUGAUUGGAACAAGUGUUUGAGAUGCCAUUCAUGUGACAGCGUAUUCGGUUUGGAGGUUGCAAAGAACUGUACCCCAACACGGAACACGGAAUGCACCUGUGCAAAGAACUAUUUCUGCAAUUCUUCUGUACCAUGUAGCCAUUGUGAUCCCUGUACCAUAUGUGAAAGUGGCGUAGUUGAAAAACAGUGUACUUCAACUUCAGACACUGUGUGCGGAAUGAAAGAAACAGGAAUGACAGGACAGACCAUUGCUGUGAUAGUUGUGUUAGUAGUACUACUACCACUAAUAGCUGGAGCAAUAAGUUGCUACAAGAGAAAACAGAGGGGUCUUACUAGCAAGGAGAACCUAGGUGAAGUAAUCCCCAAAACAGAGGUUUCUUAUGAGAAUGUACCUCUCAUAUACACAGAUGUUGACCUGAGCAGCCAUGCUGCUGGUAUUGUGGAGGAGAUGACACUCCAAGAAGUCAAGACAUUUGUUCGUAAUCACAAAAUACCAGAACCUGUCAUAGAUCAAACUCUUCGGGAUUAUUUUAGUGAUACAUCUGAACAGAAGAUUAAGCUGUUUCAAGUCUGGUAUCAAAGACAUGGUAUAAAAGGAGCCUAUGGAACCCUAAUAAGCAGCCUGAGAGAGUUUAAAAUGUGCACUGCAGCUGAUAAAAUUGAGGAAAAACUGAAGGCAGCUGUUACCAGGUGUCAGGAUGGGGGACAGUCUUAUAAUGAUGACACUGAGCAAAGCCAAACCUGCACUCAGGAAGGCGGAAACUCUUAUAAUGAUAGUGCUGAGCUAAGUAAAGCCUAUUCUGGUAGUUUGGAAGAGACAUAGGACGGAAUCAUUUGACAAUUAUUUCUGACUGAAUUAGUAUUUUUCUAAUAAUAUAAAUAACAAAGCUUUUCAAUGCCAUUUUCAUUGGCGGUUCUGAUUGAUUCAAGGAAGUUAUAAUAUGAACAAGAAUUAAUUAUGAUUUUUGUAGCAAUAUAUUUCCUUUAAAAAAAACAAACCUUAGCUUUCUUUUGGUUGUUAGGAACUGGGGGAAGUUUUAUGGCUUAUUUAACUAAAAGCUACAAUUUAAGAGUCCAGCUAUAAGAUUCACUACCAGAAGAAAAAAAGUAGUCAUUAUUUGAAGAAAGGGUUUAGUCUAAAUGUAUGGUCCUGCAUUAUUUAAUUGAUGUCAUGUUUUGCUUACAUUAAAAUUGUGGGAUGUUGCAUUUGUCAAAGUCAAAACUCUGGUGUUAAGAGUCUAUGAAGUGUAGUAGGAAGAAUACUUGAACAAAUUAUUAUAUAACAUACACCUGAUUAAUUUGGAAUAUAGGUGUUACUGUGGAAUUAAAUUCUACUCUGUUGUAAAUGGGAUUUCUCCCUUGUAUAAAAGUACCUAUGUGGGUAUUUAUAUGUGUGCGUAUAUGUGCAAGUUUUCUACGCAAAAGCUCUCAGCGCUAAGUAAAAAUUAUUAUUUCCCUUGUUCCCUGCAAUAAUUGCAAGCCUUUUCUAAUGUUAAAACCAUUCAAAGAAGCAGAAGCUGAAGCAGCACAGCAGAACCAUGAUUUUUGGAAGGCAACCUGCAGAAGCUGUGAAGUCUCCAUAAGCAAGUGUGCAAUGCUAGCUUUUCUAAUGCAGGAAUUGAUACAAUGAAAACAUCAUUGUCAUUAAAAAAACAACAAAAAAUACCCACAUAGCUUACGACUUUUUCCUUCUUCUUGUGCAACCUUUUUAGGUUUUCUUUUUCUCAGGUUAAUAAAUCACAAAAAGGGAGAGCACACUCCUGAAAAAAGACACCUUACCUUUCUUCAGUCACA